AGCUGAAAAAACUGGACUAGGUUUUAGGUCGAAGACGUUGCCGCCAGCAGGUUUGGGUUCAGAUACAAGGACUUCUACAGCAGCGUUUAGACGCAGCUCAGUUUAUUUAUAUGUGAUUCACUUUGAAUGCGAUUUGUAUAUGCAAACUGCACCAUUCAGUUAUUCUCUGGUGUUGAUAAUGAUGACUGACUUGUCACGCCCGGCCACAGUUUACAGCUCCACGGGAUCAGCUUCUGUUACCACAAACACCGGCGCUUAAGUGGCCACAGCUGUGCGUCUUGGCUGCGCGUAAAGUCGACUUUUAAGGCUUUUGUGUUGUUUUCGUUGGCUGUUCUUAUCGGGCAGCAGUAGCCUAUUGAUAUGCAAACAAAUUAGGGGCAUAUCAUUUCCUGUGUUUCAAAAUGAUGCCUUUGCGCACUACUGAUGUUAAUAAAAGUGGAGCCUGGAGUGCACGCGCAGAUUUAGACUUCUUACAAAAUAUUUCUGUGAACGUGUCUAUCGUUGUGCCUGCACAGAAACUGAGUCGUAUCUACUCUAAUUUUCAUUCACCGUGCAACCCAGUCCAAAUUCCUCCCGGAGAUGGAAAUUGGAAAACAGAGAGUUGUCGUUUUGUCCUUGAGCCUACAGCUGUCUUCACUGUCUGAGGAUUUCAGUCUGUACUAAAGUUGGAUGUCUGUAUUUUUCAGCAAUGGGGUAUUGUAAGAUACAAUGCGUUCAUAAAACAAGGAGUAUUUGGAAAAUUAUGCUAAUCUUGUGUGUUCCACUGUCGUGUGUUCUUAUCUUCAGAUCUCUGGUAUUUACAUUUUUUGUCCACCUCAUGCCUAUGAGCAAAUGUUCUUUGGAAAGUGGAAAGAUGCUGACCCUGGACAACGCUGUGGAUGCCAGCCUUGACCUUUUGUCCAGACCUGAUGUGCAAACUUGCACAUCUUGGAAAGCUCCCAUCAUCUGGGAGGGGAUGUUUGACCCUUAUCUGUAUGACAAGGAGCACAAGGAAGAAGGAUCCUCUGUGGCUCUAAUUGUGUUUGCUGUGGGCAGGUACCUGGAUGUUUACCUCGAGAGCUUCCUGAACUCAUCAGAACAUCACUUUAUGUUGGCUUUGCCAGUGACAUAUUAUGUAUUUACGGACAUACCAGAAAAGGUGCCGGACAUCAAGCUGGCUCCUCAGCGAAGUCUGAAGGUGAUCAAAGUGGAGAGGCACUCCAGGUGGCAGGACAUCUCAAUGAUGCGAAUGAAGACCAUAUCGGAAGUCAUUGAGGAAGAUAUUCGCCACCACUGCACAUAUGUCUUCUGCUUCGAUGUGGACCAGGUGUUUAGUGGGAGAUUUGGGUCGGAGGCUCUGGGAGACACUGUGGCUCUGCUUCAUGCUCACUUCUACCACCUUCCAAAGAAUCUCUUUACUUAUGACCGCAACCCAAAGUCCACAGCGUACAUGGAGACUGGGGAUUUCUACUACCAUGCUGCUGUGUUUGGAGGCUCAUGGAAAAGUGUGAAAGCGUUGACCGAGACUUGCUACCAGAACAUAAUGGAGGAUAAAAAGAAUAACGUGGAGGCCUUGUGGCAUGAUGAGAGUCAUCUAAACAAGUACCUGUGGCUUCACAAACCGAGCAGGGUGCUCUCCCCUGAGUACUGCUGGGACAACAGCAUUGGCUACAGCAGAGACAUACAAGUCACCCGGCUACUAUGGGCACCAAAAUAUUAUGACACGCUACGGACAUUCUAGUGUGGUUUAGAUAUUGCAAUGCAAAAUCACCUGGCAGCAAAACUAUCUGACAAAUAACAUGCACUGAGAUUCUCCUGCUCGGUGGCUGAUUUGUUCUCCCAAGGGAUUUAUAUCCACGUCUGCAAGCGUAGAUUUUCCUAAUGGAUUCACAACAUCUCUGACUGUCAAGACUUUCUCCAGAAACCAGGUAAAUCUAUGCAUUUGUCUCUAACAGUGGAGCAGCUUUCUAUCAAUGACGUUUCACCUUUGGUUCAUUCAUUUACCAGGGUUAACAGGAACUACAUUUACCAUAAGAUACAGGUUUCCUUUGUUUCUCAAAUGUGUCACACAGAAUGUACCCAGUUUGAUCAUACUGCAACUUGAAAUGUGAAACCACCUUAUGCCUUUGUUUGAGAUGAUGGACUCAUUUCAGGAUCAGCUACCUCGGGUUUCUUUAGUUUCCUACUUUUGUAUUCUGAAAAAUGUAGGUAGAAGGCAGUGAGCUGAAAACCCUGUACAACACACACAGUACAAUGUGAUUUGCACAACAACUCAGCUCUGAUUGCACUGACAGAUUCUACAAGUGUGAUCAACAAUGAAAAGUUGUAUUUUUGUUUUACUUUGCCUUUGCUGUUAGAAUGAUAUCAUGGCUGCUGAACAUCACCUCAUUAGUUUCAAUUUUGGUGCAUUUGGGUUUUUUGGUAAUUUUCUGAUUGCUCAUUUCUGUUGGGGUGUGUGUGUGUGUGUGUGUGUGUGUGUGUGUAUAUAGCUUCAAGUUUAAACAGUUUUGUUCAUUUUUUUUAAUAUGGGUCUAAACCACGCUUUUUGGUUUCAUUUAGAGCAGGUUAAAUUCAGUCUGGUGAUUAUGAUUCCAGUCAAUCUUACAGAUGAUAGGCUUUCUAAGCUAACUUUUUAAACAGAAGUAUAAGCAUCAUUAUUCCAUGGUGCUUUUUCUUGAGUCAAAAGACAAUAGCAAUUUUUUUAGGUAUUUACUGUAAAACUGGUGGAUGUAAUGUAUAAAAAAAAAAAAUUACACUUGAA